UUUCCCUGCACACAGCUGUUUGACUGUUAACAGCGGUCAUGCUUAUUUUUCGACAGAUUGACACAUUACGAAUAGACUGUAUAUCAGCCUAAAUGAGCGUUUUGUGGGAGGAACACGCGGUUUGUAGGAGAGCAGCGUGAUGGAGGAGAGAUAGAGAUCUGAUAGCCACUCCUGCUGUCACCUACACACUGAGUGUACACUAUCACUACUCGCACAGUGGAUGGGAUGCAUGGGCUGUGACCUCCUCCUCUUCAUGCAUAUAGAUCCUCCUCCUAACCAGGAGCAGCAAGUUGUCCAGAGAAAGGUGAACGGCCCUGUCCCAUGCUGUUGUUCUCAGAUCAGAUGGAUGCCAGUGUGCCACCCCCUGCCUCAAUUUACUCCAGAUUUAGUCCGGUGUGUUUUUGAGUGGUGGCUGUGUUAGAGAUGUAUUCGCCACAGAGGAAGGACUUCGUCUCUCUGACGCUGGGAGACCAACACAGCCGCAGCUACACCAACGGCAAGCACCGGAGACAGUCCUGCUGGAGGAAAUGGAAGCAGCUGUCUCGGCUUCAGCGCAGUCUGAUUCUUUUCCUGCUGGCCUUCCUGUUCAUCUGUGGGAUUCUUUUCUAUCCCAGCCUGACGGAGCAAUGGAGAGGACUCUCUGAUAGAUCAUUGAAGGAGGACUGGGUUGAAAUGGAUAACCGAGGUCUCAGGCCCAUUCCUCCUGGCCUCAUCCCAAAGAUCCCGCCAGGAGUUGUCCUGGGGGUCCAGGACAUCCCGCCAGAAGUGAUGCCAGAGAUUCAAAGACCAAGCAUUCCAUUACUUCCCAAACCUCCAGCUAUGAGGAAGCCACCUAGCAAGCGUGGUCCUCCAGUCCUACAGAAGCGAGGGAAUGUGUCAGACUGGCAGGUGAAAGAUGGAGAAGAAGCCAUGGUCAGGAGAGAUGAAGACGGAGGGAAAGAAGCAAAAACAGUCAUUAGCUGGCGCGGGGCGAUGAUCGAGGCGGAGCAGGGGACGGAGCUUCAGUCCACCGCCCAUGGAAAAGAAGGAACCGUGGCUGAUGACGAGGAAGCUGCCAACUUAAAACCAGUCACAGUGAAGGCCGUGGAUCGUGUGGAGGUGGUGCAGGAGGCCUUCAGGCACGCAUGGAAGGGCUAUAAGGCCUUUGCGUGGGGUCAUGAUGAACUGAAGCCCAUAUCUAAGACCCAUGGAGAGUGGUUUGGCCUGGGCCUAACUCUCAUUGAUGCACUGGACACCAUGUGGAUCCUGGGACUGAAAGACGAGUUUGCAGAGGCCAGGAAGUGGGUUGAGACAGAAUUAUCCUUUUCCAAGAAUGUGGAUGUGAAUCUUUUUGAGAGUACCAUCCGUAUAUUGGGGGGUCUCUUGAGCACAUACCACCUGACCGGAGAUACUCUCUUCCUGGAUAAAGCUAAAGACAUCGGGUUCAGAUUAAUGCCUGCAUUCAAAACCCCAUCUAAAAUCCCCUACUCUGACGUGAACAUUGGUAAAGGAACCGCUCACCCUCCACGAUGGACCACAGACAGCACAGUCGCAGAGGUGACCAGCAUUCAGCUGGAGUUCAGAGAGCUCAGCCGACUCACACAGGACCCACAGUACCAGAAUGCAGUGGAGGAGGUGACCAGACAGGUUCACCGAUUGGAGGGAAAGCGUGACGGUCUGGUACCCAUGUUUAUCAACACAAACAGUGGGAAAUUCACACGUCGAGGGGCCUUUACGCUGGGGGCCCGUGCGGACAGCUACUACGAGUACCUGCUCAAACAGUGGCUACAGGGUGGCAAGAAAGAGACUGAGCUGCUAGAGGACUAUCUUCAGGCUAUAGAAGGUGUCAAAAAGAAUCUCUUGAGACAGACUUCUCCUAGCAAACUGACCUUCGUUGGGGAGCUGUCCAACGGCCAUCUCAAUCCCAAAAUGGAUCAUUUGGUGUGUUUUCUUCCUGGCACACUGGCUCUCGGUGCUCACAACGGUCUGCCCGCUGAUCACAUGGACCUGGCUCUGCAGUUGAUGGAGACGUGUCAUCAGAUGUAUGCACAGAUGGAGACGGGCCUGAGCCCAGAGAUCGCUCACUUUAACCUGCAGUCCAACAACGGACGGGACAUCGAUGUGAAGCCUGCAGACAGACACAACUUACUGAGACCGGAGACCAUUGAGAGUCUGUUCUACAUGUACAGAUUCACCAAGGACAGCAAAUACAGGGACUGGGGCUGGGACAUACUGCAAAGUUUCAACAAGUACACCAGAGUCCCCAGCGGGGGCUACACCUCCAUAAGUAACGUCCGUGACCCCGUGUACCCCUCGCCCAGAGAUAAGAUGGAGAGUUUCUUCCUGGGUGAGACGCUGAAGUAUCUGUUCCUCUUGUUCUCUGACGACAAUGAGCUGAUCAGUCUGGAUAAGUACGUGUUCAACACCGAGGCCCAUCCGCUGCCCAUAUGGCCCUCCACCUCAUGAGGGUGGAGGCCAGAAUUAUGCUAAUCCUCACUUGAUGUUGGCUUCAACAGGAAAUGAUACUGGCUACCAUAGGAAGUGACCCCUCUGAGUUUCUCUGCGGGAAUGUUUCUGCUCUGAACUGAGGUGGCGAGUUCCGCACCAAUCUUUAACUGUACACAUGAGGUUUAUUUAAAUGCGGUGAGACCCAGAAAUAUUCGGUGGCAGUUUUACACAUUAUGGGUGGUGAAAUACCACAAAUAUUGUUUUCACUUUACACUUUACAAGACUUCACUUACUUUUGAGCUCAUGGAGCGCCUGCAAAGUGUGACACUCUUGCAUGUUGGACAAGCCCAUUCAGCUGCCGCAGUACUUAGGUGUUCCAUCUGCCAUAUUUGGGACAGAAACAAUAGUGUCAGAGCGCCGUAAAUCACACGGCAGACUGCUGAAAUCACACACUGUGAAAAACGCCAAGCACUUUGUAGAAAUGAAGACUUAACACCGUUCUUUCUAUGUGUACAGAUGGAUGCUCUCGAUGUGAGUGGCUCGCCUUUAUUUUUGCAGGCUGUUACAAAAGGACUCUACGUGUCAAUUUCUAAAUGUUUCCCUUUUGUGCGAGUCAGGAUGCAUUACACUCUUAAAA